CAGAGCGCAAGUGUGUUCAGGUUUACAGCAAGGGAAGCCACAAGACAUUCGUUUGGACCUAUUUUAAAUGCUUUUCGCUGACGUUAGUUGCUGCAAUACUCUUUGCUCGUCUGAAUAAGGGUUUUGCAUGCUUUUAUAGUUAGUCCGUAUUUUGCCCUUCUAUCGGUUGCUGCAGUCUCCAUCAUCAGCGUCUUACUCAGCAUUCACGCGCGAGCUGUAAUACUCUUAACUCGUUACAUAAGGCUUUAACGAGUUAAAUGUGGACAUCGCCGUGUCUUUUAGUCGCCAAACACCACUGACCUUUGAAAUCAAGCCGUUAAUUAUUUUGUAAGUCAGGCAUAGCUGGUGUUCAUGCCCGAUCUGCAGCGCUUCAGUUUUCCGCACCGUAGCAUGAAUUCUCCUCUUCAUCAGCAUCAGCAGCACCAGCACCAGCAGCAUCAGAAUCCAGAAGGACCCGGUCAUCCCGAUUCUCCCUCCGGUUUGCUCCCCGAGGCUGCCGUCCUCGGAGCUCCUGACCCAUCGUCGUUUUUCCUCGGAGAACAACCCGGCCCUCAAAGCGCACUUGACCUUACAGCAUCCUCUUAUCUGCACUUCAGUCCAUCUCUCCACUGGUCCCAACCUCCUCCACCUACAGCCAUGGCAUUGAGGAACGACCUGGGAUCCAAUAUAAGUGUCCUGAAGACCCUUAAUCUGCGCUUUCGAUGCUUUCUGGCUAAAGUGCAUGAACUGGAGAGACGCAAUAAGAUAUUGGAGUUGCAGCUUCAGCAGGCUUUAGACAGCAAUAACACGGGUGGGUGCGUGGAGGACGGAAACACCAAAGAAAUCGGUGUGCAGACUGGGUUUAUCGCCCCUAUCGCUGUCCGGCCUGGGUCGUUGUCCUUUCAAAACACUAAUAACUCUGCGAAACGACCCACUACGUUGUUUAUGCCUUCUCUCACGACUGUCCUCAAGCUCGAGCCCAAUAAAGCUGACGACGAGAGCACAGCUGACCCAAACACUCGUAGGAACCCAACCAUCUCGGUUAGCCUUUCAACACCCACCAGCGAACCCGCCUCGGCCAACACCAACAACUCCAAUAAUUCUCUGCAUGUGAGCAGCGUUGGCACCGGGACGUCUCCCAACCCGCCUCCUCGCUUCCUGCCGGGCACUAUCUGGUCCUACAAUCACACCCGUAGACUGGGAAGCGGCUCAGAGACUCGGGUCACCAGCCCUGGAGUGUCGUGGGUCCACCCGGAUGGCGUGGGCGUCCAGAUAGACACCAUCACCCCGGAGAUCAGAGCACUGUACAACGUCCUGGCCAAAAUCAAAAGGGAGCGGGAUGAGUACAAACGAAGAUGGGAAGAGGAAUACACCAUGAGAAUGGACAUGGAGCAGAGAAUGAAUGAUCUUCAGGAGGACCUACAGGAGAGUGAGGUGUGUCAGGACGAGCUGGCCAUUAAAGUGCAACAGCUGAAAGCUGAACUUGUGCUCUUUAAAGGACUCAUGAGUAAUAACCUGUCGGAGCUGGACAGUAAGAUCCAGGAGAAGGCCAUGAAAGUGGACAUGGACAUCUGCAGACGCAUUGACAUCACCGCUCGCCUGUGCGAUGUCGCCCAACAAAGAAACUGUGAAGAUCCGAUCAAGAUCUUUAAGGUUCCCAGCCCUCAGAACGCCAUCACCUCUCGUGCCCGUAAACAAGCCUCACAACCUGCGAAUGGCAGCGAGACAGACGAGCCGGUCAGCACGUCUGAGAGUGAUGGAGGUGGCGCUCGAGAGGAUGAAGUGUGCACCCCUUCAACCCUUCAGAUCAAUGAAGAGAUGCAGAGAAUGUUGACCCAACUGCGGGAAUGCGAGUUUGAGGAUGACUGCGACUCUCUGGCUUGGGAAGAGACGGAGGAAACGCUCCUACUGUGGGAGGAUUUCCCAGGAUGCACUUUAACAGCAGACGCUAGUCAGGGGGAGCAGGAGGAGUGCUUAGAAAAGGUGAUUAAGGACACCGAAUGUCUUUUUAAGUCCAGGGAGAAGGAAUAUCAGGAGACCAUAGACCAGAUAGAGUUGGAACUGGCCACGGCAAAGUCGGACAUGAACCGUCAUCUUCAUGAGUACAUGGAGAUGUGCAGCAUGAAGAGAGGACUGGAUGUGCAGAUGGAAACCUGCAGGAGACUCAUCACUCAGAGCGGAAACAAUAAAUCCACUUCUUCUAUACCUGGAGGUGGUGCAGAUGGAAGCGGAGAAACAGAGAGGGAUAAAACCGAGGACGGAGGAAGAUAAUGAUGCCUUCAGAUCUAAAGAAGAAGAAGAAGAAGAAAAAGCGCCCCCUCAUCUCUUCACAGCACACUUCAUGAGCCCUUCUCAUGCUUUUGCAGUCUAUCCAGUCACUGCCUCUAGUGGUGUUAAAUGAAAUUACAUGUACUGUGACAUUUUUCCCCUGUGGUUGUGCAGAGCGGCUUUACUGUUUUGACACCUACAUGAUCUUAAAAGUUGAGAGUCCUGACAACAUUGUUUGCUUUUACCCGCUUUGAUUGAGUCCAUUCACUGACACAUCAUGUUUUCCGAUCUGAUGCCUAAAAGUCUGAGUCAUCAUAUCAUAUCAUAUCAUUUCAGCACUGAAUACAAUCACUUUUGUUUUCGUACGUCUGGUACAGAAUCACUGACAGUGUUUUCGCAAAGUUUCCAUUUCCUAGAGACUCCGAGGGGACAUUUGCUCUCUUGUCGUCGCCGUAACGUGCCGCUGUAAGCCAGGAUCAGUAGGUGUGUUGUGCUGAGCUGUUGUAAAUACUGGGCUGUUAAUGCUAAUGAAGGGUGGAGGUAACUGUAGCUUGCACGUCCCCUAUCUGCGUGCUCAGAUUCUCACGAAAUAUAUGACAUUUUACGCUAACGGUAUUGUGCUGAUGCCAGGCUGCUUCGGAGUCUCGGUUGUGUGCGCUCUCCGAAUAAUGAACGCUUUGACUUCCUCUCUUUGCGGGUGGAAAAGAUGAGUGAUGGGCGAGGUCAGAUGAGCGAGAUUUGAGGAUGUUAUGUGCUCGGAGUAAUGUCAGAGCGUUACGCAUGUCAACUUCUGUUAUUUCCUUUUUACUUUUCCCCUCAUUUUUCGACUUUGAGAACAGCGAUUUUGAGUCUUUUGUUUUCUCGUUUCGGAAAACUGAAUGUCAUGAGAAGCUGUAUAUGUAACACUGCUGUAGAUAGUAAGACCUGCUUCAGUCCACAGAAUACGUAGAAUUUCAGAGGUCUUUCUAUUUUGGAUAGUAAAAUCCUUCCAGCGCACUUCACCUUUUGGCAUUUUUCUGUUUCGUAGACCUUGCCGGUGCCUCUAAAGUCUGAUGCAAAGAUCUGUUUGUUUGUCUGAACGGUUGUUUUCAUUGCGAUUGGUCUUGGAGUCCAGUCCUUUAGAGCAAAUUGUUUUCAUGGCAGUGGUCCGCUUGAUCUUUGGGAGUUUUUUAAGAGUAUCUUACAUUGUUAUAAUACAUAGGUCUACCAGUGGAUCUUUAGAAAGUGAGAUCCUGGGCACCAAUGAACGAUCUUACAAAAUGUUCAUGAAAUGUUUGACAGACUUAGGAUCUCGCAAACAUCUGGAUCUUAUGGAAUUCUGCCUCAAGAGUUUAAAAAAGAUGAUUGUGUCUUUGCGAGUUUCUUGUAAUCUCGAGUUAGUAUUUUUUGAAGGUACGACUUUAUUUCACGUAGUUGCAAGGUUAUAUCUUUCAAUUGUGAGUUUGUUUUACGUGAUUACAGCGUGAUGUCCUGCAGUUGUGACUUUGUUUCACAUAACUGCAACCAUAUACAGCUUUAUAUCUCGAAGUUGCUACUUUCUUUGUGUUUUUUUUCUCACAACUAUGGCUUCAUAUCUCAUUAAGACUUUGACAUAACUCACAGUGACUUUGUUUCUUGUAAUUGUGACUUUGUGUCUCACAAUUACGACUUUUAAUUUCUAAUAAUUUUCUUUAAAUCUCAUAAUUUAACAGUUUCUUGUGAUUUUGAUUUACUAUUUCUGAAAUAUUUGCAAUUUCAUAUAUCAUAAUGGCAACUUAGUUAAUCGCAGUUGCGUUUAUUGCUAUAUAUUUAAUCAUUUUUUUGUAACGUUGUUGUUAUAUCUCAUUAUAUUUCAAGUAUUGAAGGCUUGAAAUCUUACAACUGCAACUUGUUUCUCACGACUGUGAAGUUCUUUAUUUUUUUACUCUGAGGUGGAAAGGUGAAAAUAUAUUCGGAGACUGAUCUUCAUACGCAUCCUGUAAAUUUUCGAUUUGUUGAGCUAUUGAUUGUGAGAUCUUGAUGGGUUUGAUCUGUUGGAUUAGAUCUAAAAAAUCCCAUAAAAUAGUCUCACAGGAGAAUGGUCUUUCAAUCAUUUUCUUGUUUAAUAUAUCGUUCAAAUGAAUGUAAUCUGAUUCCAGUCUAAAGUUCUCGAGAACCUCACGUGAUUUGUAAUAAUCAGCUCUUUAUUUUUGGUAGAGAACUCUCUAAUUCUGAUCAAACGCCCACGGGGACUAAUACAAUAGUUCCAGAAGAAACUGACAAACCGACUUCUGGCUGGCUUUGUUGGUCAUUCGCAUCUGUAGUCAAAUAGAUAGUCUGCGUGUAAACCACAGCUUGAAUUCUGUAAUAGAGACUAAAAAAAGAGUCUUGAGUGCCAAAUGUGAAAUAAAACAGUCAGGAAAGAUACUUCACACAGUGAAAAUGAAAACCUCAUGCUUUUGAAAACAUGGUGCUGUACACCCAGCAUGUACAUUUCCGCUGUAGAAAAACAAAGAGUGAAAGCUUUAAUAAACAUAGUACAGUACAUAUCACUUUCUAUGAUGAGCCAGAACAGAAUUUAAUCUUUUAAAGCGUAUGUUACGUACCAUCCUCAGGUUGUUUUUCUUUCUGUUUCUUUCUGCAUACUGACUGGUGAACAACGCUGUGUGUCUGCCUUAGGUUUUUCCCUUUGACCACUGCGAAGUUCUGCAGGGCUUGUGCAGAUUUUAUUUCAGUCAGUUAUUUCAUUUAAAAACAAUGUUUUAAGGGUACCAAUUAAAACGGCGUGUUAAGAUCUUUAUUUGACUGGAAAAAAACACACACAAAAAAAAAAAAAACAUGGAAAAAUAAUAGGAUGAACCUGAUGAUUUAUUUAAAUGGUACGAUUUGAUUUUGAGGAAAAGGCUUUGUUUAUCUGUGAAUUAAAUAUUGCAUUUCUGCUGCCAGUAAGAAGCACUGUAAACCGCUGAGCCAUUGUUCAUUCACAGAUUUUUUUUAUUAUUAUUAUUUUUUUUUUAAUGAUUUGCAGCACUGAGCUGAACUACGUGUGUAAGAUAUGUAUGCAUGUGAAUAUGUACGGAGUGAGCACUCCAGGUUUCUGCAAUGAGUAACUGGUUAUUUUCUACAGCAAUUUACUUGUUGUUUGUUGCUAUAUGACCUUUACAAGAAUUCUCCAAACUCUUCAAUAACCACAAAUCCGGUCAUCUAUGAGACGACAAUAAUAGACAAAAUCUUUCUUAAAAGGGCUUUUGGAUAUUUCAAAUUUGCAGCGCCUACAAACAACGAGUAAAUUCCAAACAGUAUCUUCACCAAAAUAACGGAAUUUGAAAACAAGUGCUUAGAAGGAAUGCUUUUAGCAAUAACUGUAUGAAUGCAAUGAUGCCGUAACCUAGAAGAGGCGAAGGAAGAGUUGCGUCCGCUCAAACGCUGGCUAUGCAAGCAAGUCCUGAACCUUAACAAAAGAGUUGCAAUGAUUGAAACGAUCACUUGGGAGUCAUUCCUAGCAUCUCCGUGUCAUUCUGUAACAUCUCACAGGGAAUGAUUCUUGUUCCUUCUGUGGAAUCGUAGGGACGUUUCUAUUUUAGGGACCUCCAAGGGUUCUCUUUACAAUUGCGCAUGUGCCGCUGUGGUUGCGGGUAUCAGAUGAGCAGGACCCACCUGAGCAUCCAAAAAAAGGCCCCCGACCGCAGCAGCGGCGCAUGUGCAGUUGGGUUUAAAGAGUAACAGGACUACAAGUAUAUAUAAAUAUGUAUGUAUGUAACCCAAAGCAGAACAAGAACCGCUCGCUUCACUGCAAGUGUACAGAAAGACUGGAGCUUUAAAAAGAUUUCAGAAUAAAGGUUACUGCUGAACGCACACUCUGCGAGGAGUGGA